UCCACUGUCCGAAAAUUCAUAAAUCAUCUGUUAUUUAUUAAUGGAACAUUUUAUUGCUUUUAAGUAAAUAUUAAUAAAAAAAACCACAUGAUGCACAAGUUUUAUUGAGAAAAAAAAAAUCCAUUAGAUUUUUAUCCAAAUUAUUAGUGAACAAACUUAAAUACGAACAGACAAGAAUACAUUACAUAAACAAUAUCGUUUGAGUACAGGUGGCGUCAGAUUUGAUCAAGACAGAGGAAAUGCACUGGGUGUAUAUUUAAAUAAUGAAUUCGAAUAUGAUGGGAGACUUCGAGGACGUGGGAGACGACCUAGUGGACACGGACAGCUUCGUCAACCACAGGGGCGGCGGCGAGGAACCAUUUUACGCUCAUGAUGAGAACGAUUCAGAUUCUUCAGGAGACGACAAUGACUUGGCACUAGACUGGAGUCAUGCUGAUCUUAGCGCAAUUAUGGAUGAACUGGAACUAAUGGACGGCUAUAAUGAAGAUGAACAAAAAGAUUAUGAAUUUCUGGAUUGGAACGUUUCUGUAGAGGGUCUGGAAAACUCGGAGGAGUCCGAUGAGGACGAAGAGGGUGCCGGCGGAGACCAAGGCGAAGAACAUGCAAUCCUCAACACCAACUGGGAGGAGUGGUUUUCAUCAUGGCGUGGUAUCAGGCAUUGGAGGAAGCAGUUGGCAGACUGGUAUGAUUAUCCAUAUGGUCGUGACUUCGUUGAGGACUUCCACUGCCUCCAGAAUAGCAGCUUUGACGUAAGGGACGAUUUACUGAACAUGCUCGAGCUAGCAGAGAGGUCUUACAGAAGCCGGUCGGAUCCUGACCUUGUGAACUCGUCUCUUCAUCAUGAAGUUCAAGAGGCAAUCAACGAUAUACUUAUCCCAGGGAUGUCGAGGGAGGGCUUAAGACGACUCCAUAAAAUAGUUCUCAGGGAGCCGUCGCUUAAUCUAAGGAAGUAUUUGACGAAUGCUGAUCCCUACGUCCUUGCCUAUGUCAUUUGGGGACUCAACUUUUAUCUCAGUCGCCAUGCGAAAGAUAAGUGGAGGAAAAAUUUGCCAAGAAUCGUUGAAUGCGGAACACAACCCUCCCUGGCAAAUAAUAAUAAGGAGGAAAAGAGCGGCCUCUCGAACAUGAUCUACACCCUGGGCCUCAAGUUGUUGUCUUGGUUUUGUGAUAUCAUAAAGGGGAUGAACCUCGGGGGAGGAUACGAAGACUUCAUCCGGCAGAUUUCACCCUUCGCCGAAGGCAUGAUGAACAGGAAUGAAGUUGAAUAUAUACGUUAAUAAAUCGUUUCUUUCAAUCCUAA